GUCACCAUCAGACAUUUAGACAGACAGCUAGUGAGUGAGUGUGUUAGCCAGCCAUUCAGUCAGCCAGUUAUUCCAUCAGCCAGUCAGUCAAUCAGCCAGUCAGUCAAUCAGCCAGCCAGUCAAUCAGCCAGCCAGUCACCAAGGGUAUAGUGAUUAUCUCCUUGGAAACUAUCAGUGCACUGAUAGUCUACUUGGAGACUAUAAAUACACUGAUAGCGGUGAGGAGCACAAAGUCACUCCCACUCCCAGGCAGAGCCGUGCCGCCCUAAAGAAGAGUGUCCGCCCACCACGCCCGUGACCACCUCACGGAACACUGCCACGGCGAGGAGAGUGUGUCAGACCAUCACAGCCCCUCAACACCACCACCAGGAAGGACAGCGGGAUGACAGAACAGAGGCAGGUGAAGAAGAGCAAGAACACUGCUGGCAGCGCUGCGGAGUGUCCAGUGUGCAUGACAGGCUAUGAUGGCACCGUGCAGCGGCCGCGCAUCCUGCUCUGCGGCCACACUGUCUGCACGCUGUGCAUAGAUCAGCUGAAGGUGCUGGGCUGUUUUGCCUGCCCAGAGUGCUGCGUCAGCCACGCCGUGCCCGAGGUAGGGCAGUUCCCUGUCAACCAUGCUUUUGAGACCCUUAUAAGACAGAUGAAAGACGCUGAGGUGGCAGCAGCAGCAGCAGCCUUGCCGCCACCCAGUGCCGGGGAAGGGAAAGGAGCAGCAGGGGCAGCUGGGAAGAAGAAGGGGGCGCAUCUCUUCAAAAAAAUGAAAUCCAUUCUGGAGGAACAGGAGGCCACAGUUGUGGCCGCCAUCACCGCCUGCCGAGAGGCUCAGUCGCAGCUGGGCCAGUACCAGACGACCCUGGCAGGCUGGCGCAAGCGGCAGCAGCAGCUGGAGGACAGGCUCCUGGGACUGGUGGACCAGAGCAGGAAUGCCAGGGAGCUCCUGCAGCAGGAAGAGUCCGUGGCGGCCAAGGAGGAGGAGCUGAAGAAGGGGGAGCAGGGGAUGCAGGGCAUGCUGGAGAUGCUGAACACCCCUACAACACAGCAAGAAGUAGAAGAGGCGGUGGCUAAAGUGCUUCAUUGUACUGACGAGGCACAGCAGGCGGUGGAGAAGUUCCGAGAAUGUUUUCCCAAUGACAGCAUCAUCAGGGAGGUGAGAGAGACAUCUAGUGCAGCCCUGGAGGCUGUUCAGGCUGUCCAGGCAGUCCUGGAAACACUCCCUUACAUUACUACAGAGGAGCCCAGGCCCCAGUCAGACCCAGACUCCACCAUCAUGGACAGACUGCACUUCAUCUGGACAGAGAGCUUGAUGGCCAAGGACCUUCGCAGUCUGACACAGCUCGCCAGGCGCCUGCUGGAGGCUGGCCGGGUGUUUGCUGUCCACCAGGCGGAAGGUCAGCGCCGACACGCAAGAAUAAGCCUUGAAGCUGGCCAGCUGUGCCUCCACGCCCUGAAGGACCUUCCCCCGCCACGGGGCGCAGCAAUCCUGCAGAUGAGCGAGGUUGUGCCGCCCUCCCCCCCCUGCACGGUGUUCCUGGACCUGUCCUGGCCGGGCAGUGAGACGCAGCGGGUCAAAAUCCGUCUGAGCCCCUGA